UCCAUAGAACAACACAAUGGCUACCGGUCCAAGGAAUAGUUGAAUCUGCGAAGAACGAAGCAUCAUUUUAUCGGAAGAUAAAGGCAGUUAGCGAAAACAUUGCAUCGUUAUCCAAACGUUUUCUUUCCCUAAUUCAGGUUAAACAAGCACAGUUUCAAGAUGAGUUAUCAGAAAUUCUAUUCCAACCAGAUUCACUCGAGUUCCCUACUUUGUCAGCUAUCACACUUGUGGAAGAGUCAGCUUCUGUGUGAUGCGCUGAUCAGGGCUGGGUCCAUCACCAUAAAAGCCCAUAGAUUAGUGUUGAUAGCAGCUUGUCCCAUGCUGCAGUCCAUGGAAAAUGCAUCGGCAGGUUCACAUCUAGAAGUUCGUCUAGCAGCCGAUAUCAAACAAGAAUCCGUCAACACAUUCCUACAGUAUCUAUAUGAAGGCUUCAUGAUGUUAACAGAAGAAAAUGUUCGUGAUGUUGAGAAAGUAGCCAGACUUUUACAAGUAGAUGGUGUUAUCAAAUGUUGUGCAGACUUCUACAAAUCUCUUAAAGUAAAAACGGGUGUAACAAUUCAGCCUGGUCACAAUUACAAAUACUCCUUCCAAGAUUUAGUUGAAUUUCGCCAUGUCCGAGCAUCAGACAUCAUUAAAUCUACACAUGACAGAAUUACCAAACGUGCUUCAGAGUUUUCACGGCCAGGGAGUCCAGGAGGAAAGAGACAAAGAAUGUACAUGCACCCAGGAAGUCCAUCAGUGGAUCGAGCAGAUGAUCACCACAGUAUGUCAGAUAGUUACAAAACUAGUUACUUGACCCCUGACCCAUGGGAAAGAGUUCCUAGACUAGGGUCAGGUAUGGGUCGCCAAGGUGCUACUGGGAGAAAUUCCCAGCCUGGUGUUAUAGAAAUUGUGGAGGACAGUUUGGAAAUAGUACAGACUGAACCAGUAAACAAAGAUCCAAACAAACCAUCAGAUUCACGACAGACAGUUCAAAAGAGUGUUGCCAUUUCUAUAGCUAGUCAAAUCACAGACAGUACUGAUCUUCGUGUUGUGAAUAUUACUGGAAGUAACAGAGACGGCAGCAACACCACUUCUACCACAAAUUCAUCAAAGAGUUCAUCACAAACAUUACAGGAUUCAUUCCAACAAAAGUCCAUUUCAUCCUCAUCUCCAUUAACAUCCCUUCAGCAGUCAUUUGCAUCAUCUGGUGCCAUGCAUAGAAUGCCAGAAAUGUCUUCACAUCAGAUGCCAGGUCCUUCAUUCCGCCAAGAAAGAGCUCCAGAACUGUUUCAUAUUCCAAAUUUCGGGAGUUCAGACCUAGAACUGGUGCAAGUCCCAAAGCCUGGCAAAAUGUCUGAAGCUUCUGCCAGCACUAGCAGUUCACAAUCCCAGCGCCAACCCUUCCCUGUGUCCUUGUCUCCAGUAGGGGCUUCCUCCAAGCCAUCAUUUGCUGUAGGAAGUGCCAGUCAGUCCCCAAGCAGUCAGCCAAUGGGUUCUCCAAUGGCAGUGCCCACGUCCACACCCAUCCAGCCAGCUCACAUAGGCAGGUCCCAGUCACAAGGCAGUAGUGCAGGACAGAGCGAUAAUGUGGAAAGAGCAUCACCAGUGGUUGACAGUGGCAAGGAUCCUUCCAGCUUUAAAGAAAAGCAGGAGCCUUCGCCAUCAAGUACUGCUGAAAUGACCCCAGACAUCAGUAUAGUAAAGGUCGAAGGUCAGGACAAAGAUGACACAGGAGGGUUGGACAUGUAUGUUGACAUGCCACCCGACGGAACAAUGACAAUGCAUUCAGGAACUGGCGAGGAAAGCGACAAUGAUCACGACGAAGCACUUGAGGAAUGGGCACGCGAGGAAUCGGCAAAUGAAGGUGGAGAUAUGAGUCAAAUGGACCCAGGCGGGGCAAAAGGCCCAGGUCGGGCUGAUCCACACCGCGAUUUUGGCACUCUGGGUAUGGGAAGUGAUCCACUGGGGAUUGUACUGCAGGGCAGUCUGAUGUCUUCUCAAAUGGGUGAUGUAGCGUCUGCUCACCACAGUCUGUACUUCGCUGACCAGAAAGACAAACUUCUUAUGUACCACAGACCAGUUACUGCGAAGGGAUACAAGAAACCAUGCUUGUUCUGCCAGAUCAACAAUGUCAAGACAAAGUCGGGAUGGUACACUUAUACUUACUAUAAGUGUGAAGCAUGUGAUAUUCCGCUCUGUCAACCUCAGGGCAAACGGGACUGUUUCGUGCGCUACCAUGAAUACCUGGCUGCAGGUCAGAGCAAAUCAGAUCCUGAUGUAAAUCCCAAGCAUGCUGGAUAUCACUGACAGGACAAGGUCCUGGCUUGUUUGAUUUGAGUUGGUUUGAUCUGAUUUGUUGUUUGUCAACUUGUAUACUGAUCAUGACCAUGAAUUGCAUUCAUGGCACAUAUGCUUGCCUUCAUAUAGCUUCAGGGCAUGCCUCCAGAUAGCUUCAGGGCAUGCCUGCAGAUUUAUACUAGUUUUAGGUUUACCAGCAAUAUUACAAAACCUGACACCUGAUAUAUAUUAUACAUGAUAAACAUUGUUUGUCCUUGAUAUAUUUACACAUCAUGUGACAUAUCUUAGUCCAAAGAAAAUGGUAACAAAUGCUUUGUUGUGAUGGCUGAUUUUAUGCAAAUUUUGCAACAGUUACUAAAAAGUUGUAAAACUAAACAGUUACAAGAAGGAGAGUUCUGAUGACCUUACAACACUGGAAUAAUCAGACAAAGCUACUUGUACUCUGACAGUGUUUGUUCUGACUAAUGGUGGGGAUUAAAGAAAAUGAUGUUGCAGUCAUUUCAUAUUUAAGGAGGUCACUCUUUUCCCUCUUUUCUUAAACUGGCUAGAAAAAAGUACUAUUAAUUGUUUUUAAGAUAUGUAAUGUUUGAUAGUUAUUAUCAUUCAUCUGAAAUUUUAGAUGGUAGAGGACAUAUAUAAUGAUCAGUUUCAGAAAUAGAGGAUAUUAGCCACAUCUCAAAUGCUGGAUUAUGAUUGUCUUCAAUGCUAUUGUCACAAAUCACGAGAGGGCGACCAGAGAUCAAAUAUGUUAUGUGAUGAAUACACUAGAAACAAACACAUUACUGAUGUAAGAUUAACAUGUACCCACGUCCUGGUUGUCACUUACAAACAUGUUUAUGAUUGAGAAUAUCUGUAACAGAGUCCUGCCCAUCAAUUACAAACAUGUUUAUGAUUGAGAAUAUAUCUGUAGUAGUGUCAUGGCCAUCAGUUACAAACAUAUUUAUGAUUGAGAAUAUCUGUAACAGAGUCCUGCCCAUCAGUUACAAACAUGUUUAUGAUUGAGAAUAUAUCUGUAGUAGUGUCAUGGCCAUCAGUUACAAACAUAUUUAUGAUUGAGAAUAUCUGUAACAGAGUCCUGGCCAUCACUUACAAACAUGUUUAUGAUUGAGAAUAUAUCUGUAGCAGAGUCCUGGCCAUCACUUACUAACGUGUUUAUGGUUGAGAAUAUCUGUAACAGAGUCCUGGCCGUCACUUACAAACAUGUUUAGGAUUGAGAAUAUAUCUGUAGUAGUGUCCUGCCCAUCAGUUACAAACAUGUUUAUGAUUGAGAAUAUCUGUAACAGAGUCCUGCCCAUCAGUUACAAACAUGUUUAUGAUUGAGAAUAUAUCUGUAGUAGUGUCAUGGCCAUCAGUUACAAACAUGUUUAUGAUUGAGAAUAUCUGUAACAGAGUCCUGCCCAUCAGUUACAAACUUGUUUAUGAUUGAGAAUAUCUGUAGCAGAGUCAUGCCCAUCAUUUAUAAACUCUUCAAUGAGGAAGAUGAUGCUUGUAUCUUAUCUGAGAUAUAAUUGUUGGUUACAAACACACUAGUAAUGGAGAAACCUGUGAGCUGGUUAUGGAAUAGGAAAACAAUAGAAUGUGGUGAGCUGGCAGCAUGUACCAGUGAUAUCAAAUGAAUUUUGUAUAGAGCUUGCACAAAAUGACUGAACUAUUUCAUAAUGAUGGGUGUGACCUAGCUCUUCUCUAGGUAAUUCUGUCCUUCAUAUGGAACAUUUCUGGGAUAACUAAUUCAAAAGCAGGAAGUUGCUUAUGAAAAAAGACGAGCCAAAAAGGGAAUUCAUUCCAUUCAGGGAUUUUCAAUUAAACAUGAUAAAGAUGUAUUUAAUGAUCAUAUCACAAUGACAUUCAGUGGAAUUAAGAUCCGAUUGUUCUUUUCUUGGUGUUAGCCAAUUGUUACGUUUUUUCAGACCUUUGAUCAGAACAGAUUCUUGUCCUCAAUUUGUCAUUUUUAAAUUCUGUACUUUUCACUGAUUUCCAGACUUGUGUAUAUUACUCUUAUUGAAACAGUUCUCAUAUUUUGGUUGUUAUAAAACAUCUUCAUUACAAUUGAAAGAAUAACUUUCCUUGUCUGAUGAAGGAACAAGUCAGUGUAAUAGUUACAAUCUUGUAUAUAAUAUUCUUGAGUUGUGUAUAUUUUUUUUUUACAUAAAUUGUACGCACAUGGAAGUUAUUUUGAACAUUUCCACAUACCGGUAAUUAUGUUUACAUUUUGCAGUCAAUCGUCAUAGAUACAUUUUUCAGUUCAUAGUGAUAAUUACAAUUUUUAUAAAGAAAGCAAUAUUUUUCUCUCUGAUGACCAAACCAUGAUUAUUCUGUCCAAAUGAAGCACUGCUUCUGAGUAUUUUAUGGAGAGAUUGCUGGUUUUUUCUCAGAGUUUGAAAUCUUAAACAUCCACAAUCUAAAGCCAGGUACUGGACUCUUAAAAUGUAAUAAAGAUUAUGAUUUUCGUUAUAAAAAAUGGAUAAUAAAUUUUACUCAAUUAAAUUCUUGUUACCAAAGGGAAAUCACUUAUGGAUAAUACAGUAUAGGGGGUUGUGGUUGGUUUUGAUUAAGGCACAUAUGAUCUAUAUCACGUUAAAGUGAAACCAAAAGAGAGAAGAUUUUUGCCUGCUGACAAUUUCAGUGAUUCUUUAUUGUUUGUGUGUAAUCAUAUAUGUUUUUUAUCUCUUGAUGUGUCUGUUUACCUCAAGUCAUCAGUAUACUUACCAAAUUUAGUUAUGUCUGGGGUUGUCUCCAAGAGUUAAGAAAAAUUCUACAGUGACGGAAUAACAGACAAAAUUUUUAUUGUGUCAAGUUCUAUGCAAUAAGUUUAAAUAAUGUGAUUUCUUCACUAAUUCAAAAACAAAAAGGGAAAAAAAGUGAAACACCAGCAGUCUCUCCCAGAAAAAAGGGAACCAUGCUGUUAUAUUGCUGUGAAAUUGAUUUCCUGUGUACUGUGUAGAAUGUUGAUUGAUGUACUAAUGUUAAAAUGUGUUGUGAUCCUAAUAAAUGUA